GUUGCCCAAUGUAAGUUACCUGCCUGUAUUCUGACACCCGAAACUCCUCAGAUGCCCGCAUGAAAUGUUCCAAACACGUGUUUAGAAAUUAUAUUAUUUACAUCAACAAAUUCAAUUGAAUGAUUUUACUUUUUUAAUUCAGAGAGAUUUUUAUAUUUUGCAAGUUAAGUUCCUUCAACUGUGAAGUAGAUAAGGCAUAAUAUGUCAAGAAAAAAGGGUAAUCGUGGACCAAAGAAGAAAAACAGUCACUUUAGUGGAAAGAGAAAACCUCGAGAAUCCUACGAUGACAUUGUGAAGGAGAAUGAACUGCUUGAGAAAUUUUACAAAGCUCAACAUGUAGUUCCUGAGGAUGAAUGGGAGAGUUUUAUGGAGAGUUUAAGGGCAGCAUUGCCAUCAACAUUCAGAAUAACAGGAAUAAGAGGGCAUGCAGAGGAACUUCUAAAAUAUUUGAAAAAAUAUUAUAUUGAGAAAUUGAAUGGUGCUAAAGAAGAACUUGGUGAAGAACUGGACUGCUUUGGUAAACCAUUAACAUGGUACCCGGAUGAGUUAGCUUGGCAAAUUAAUUUAACUCGACGAUUUAUCAGACGAUCGGGCAUGGUGUCAAAUUUUCACAAAUUUCUUAUUCACGAAGCUGAAAUGGGUAACUUAAGCCGUCAAGAAGCUGUGAGUAUGAUACCACCUCUCCUCAUUGAUGUUGAACCUCAUCAUAAGAUAUUGGAUCUUUGUGCAGCACCUGGUUCAAAGACAGCUCAGUUGAUUGAAAUGCUCCAUGAGAAAGAGCCGACUACCUUGCCUGAAGGUUUUGUAAUAGCUAAUGAUAUUGAUCCAAAACGUUGUUACAUGUUGGUCCAUCAAAGUCGAAGAAUUCACAGUCCUUGUUGCUUGGUAACAAAUCAUGACGCAGCUUCAUUUCCUGAUAUUAACAUCAAACAGGAAGGCUCAGAGGAGGUGUCACCAAUGCUGUUUGACAGAAUAUUGUGUGAUGUUCCUUGCAGUGGAGAUGGCACAAUGAGAAAAAAUCCCCAAAUUUGGAAGAAAUGGAAUCCAGAAAUUGGUGUGAACCUUCACAAAAUCCAGUUAAGAAUUCUUGUAAGAGCAGUUGAGAUGUUAGCUAUUGGUGGUAGGGUUGUUUAUUCCACAUGUUCUAUGAAUCCUGUAGAAGACGAAGCUGUUGUUUCCCAGUUGCUUCUAAGAACUCAGGGCUCAGUUGAGUUGAUUGAUGUGUCUGACAGAUUGCCUCUCUUAAAAAGAUCACCUGGUCUUCUUCACUGGAAGAUUCAGACAAAAGACGGUAGGCCGGUUCCAAGCUUCACAGAAUGCAGUACAUCUGACCGCACGCAUGGCUUUCUUGAAUCAAUGUGGCCACCCAGCAUCGAAGACGCGGAGAAAUUCAACUUGAAACGUUGUUGGCGAUUAUACCCACAUCAACAAGACACGGGAGGGUUCUUUAUUGCUGUUCUGGAGAAGAAAUCUCCAUUGCCGUGGACAGCAGGAUUUCGUCCACAUCAUAAGUUGUUGCCAUGGGAAAUUACGAAGAAGGAAAAGAAGGAAUCAAAACGUGCUGAAGUCAUCGAGGAUGAAAAUGAAGGAAAGGUAACGGAGAACAUGUCAAAAGAAAAUGAGAACAACUCCGCUGAAUUGAGGAAACCAUCGCUGGAAAAUUGCGAGGAAACGACGAAUGAAAAAGACUUGGAUAAGGUGGAAUUAGAAAAACCCGCAGAAGAAAGAACAGAAUCCGACGUAAAAUGUCCAGGUGUAACAGAACCUCAAAGAAAAAGAAGAAAAUUUGACCCGAAGUCCGACUGCAAGGAGAAUCCAUUUGUGUUCGUUGAAGAUGUGGACACUCAUUGGAAUACUAUCAGAAAAUUCUACGAGAUUUCCAGUGAUUUUCCGGAGAGUGUUUUACUGGUGCGGUCAGCUAGUGAAAGAAAACGCACGAUUUACUUUGUAUCUGUUGGACUUGCAGCCAUGUUGAAAAAUGUUGAUCAAGAGAAGUUCAAUGUCAUAAAUGCUGGCUUAAGAUUAUUUACAAGAUGCGAAAAUAGUGAUCAAGAUUGGUCGUUUAGAAUUAAUGGAGAGGCCCUUGAGACAAUCUUGCCGUUUCUGUCAAACAAACGUGUGAUCAAUGUACCUCAAGAGGAUCUCGUUAGGAUAUUGGUGGAUACGAGUCCGAAAGUCUCUCAAAUGACAACGGAGACGAAGUCCGCGCUUGGAAAUAUCGGCCCUGGUUGUAUUGUUUUUUCAUAUGAUCCUAAGAAUAGAAAAGAGGUGGACACACUUAGCGUAAAAAUCGCUGUCUGUGGUUGGAGAAGCAACACGGUUAUCUUACGCAGUUUGAUUGCUAAGGGAGACAGAAUGCAUUAUCUUCGAAUCGCUGGUUACGCUCCAGACUCGCAGGAAAUCCAGGCUCUUGUUUCUGAUCCUAAAGUAAGUUUGGAGGAACCAUCUUUUCAAGUGGAGACAGACUCACCAACAAGUGAGCAAGUUGACUCAAAUUCUAGCAUGAAAAUUAAGGACCAAACAGAGGAAGAAAUGUUGGAUGAUACGGAAGAAGAUAUGGUAGAACCAAGUACUUUGACUGAUAAUGUUGCUAGUGAACAAAAUUAAUGUUUUAUCCUUAGUUUCACCAUAUUGUGUGAUUGUUUGUGAGGUAACACCUUGUGAAAGAACAUCAGAAGCCUGGAUUCACCCAGCCAAGGACAGCUGUGGUUUUCCAUCACAAGACUAUUUCAUGGUAAAAAGAAGAGUUUGGAAUUGUAGACAAACUUGAAAAUGUUUAAUCCAUUUUUUGAAUGCACAAUCUUGAUUACAUGGUACUUAUUAUAAACAGAGAAAUUUUAUCUGAGACCAAGUUUUCAAGUAUACAAGCAAACAUAGUUUAACUGAGAAAAUGAAAUUUAAUUCAUUACCAGAAUCUUACAACAGCAGCAAACUU